GGAGCGAGCCUCUGGCUGGGGGAGGCGGCGUCUUAGGCCCUCCGGGAGCGCCGGGCCCUGUCUCCGACCGGGUCUCUCCAGAGUACGCGUUCCCGGCUGCGACUGUCCCGGCCGUUUCCGGCAGAAGUGGUCAGCGAGGGAAAGAGAAGUGACUUCUCCAUGGGUCUCAAGCUCCCGGCUGUUUUGCUGUUCCCUCCCGGGAUCUCCUUCCCUCCUUUCUGUUUCCCUGUGCUUCCCCCUUCCAUCUCUCGGCGCUGGAGGAGUUAAACCGACGCCAGCUUUGAGUCCUUGGCCUCGUGGCUGCGGCGUUCUCAGCCUCCAGCGCUCGGGCUCUUUCCGUCGUUUUGGGCUGCGAGACCAUACCACGUAGGGGUCCUUUUUGUUCAUCGAUUCCAGAGACCUUUCGGAUGUUUGUACCGUGCUGUACUAAAAGGGUCUUGGCCCUCCGAGCCCUCCCCACCGUCGCCCUCGAGUGCUUCCACUAUCACUGUGAAAUCCCAAGUCCUAAUUUUUUUUGACUUCGUGUUAUUUUACGUGCUCUUUAGAAAACAGGAGCUCAGAUUAGCUCCAACACCGGCAAGUCUGGCCUCCUGUGACCAGAUUUAUAAAGAACUCUUGAGAAUUCCUGGUGUUUCAUCAUACAUACAACUGAGAUCAGGCACUGUGGAGGCGCUGGAAUAUAACUGUGAUCAAAAUAGAGAAGGUCUUUACUUUCAUGGAGUCCACAUUCCUGUGUGGGCACAGGUGGAGAGAAGAUGACAGACAAAGGAAAUCCUUUUAGCCUGCUGUCUCUGGACCAAAAAAAAAAAAUGACAUCUAUUAUCAAAUUAACUACCCUUUCUGGGGUCCAAGAAGAAUCCGCCCUUUGCUAUCUUCUCCAAGUUGAUGAGUUUAGAUUUUUACUGGACUGCGGCUGGGAUGAACACUUUUCUAUGGAUAUUAUAGAUUCCCUGAGGAAGCAUGUUCACCAGAUUGAUGCAGUACUGUUGUCUCACCCCGAUCCUCUCCACCUUGGUGCCCUCCCGUAUGCUGUCGGAAAGUUGGGUCUGAACUGUGCUAUCUACGCAACCAUUCCUGUUUAUAAAAUGGGACAGAUGUUCAUGUAUGAUCUUUAUCAGUCUCGACACAAUACAGAAGAUUUUACACUCUUCACGUUAGAUGAUGUGGAUGCAGCCUUUGAUAAAAUACAGCAGCUAAAAUUCUCUCAAAUUGUGAAUUUGAAAGGUAAAGGACAUGGCCUGUCUAUCACACCUCUGCCAGCCGGUCAUAUGAUAGGUGGAACAAUAUGGAAAAUAGUCAAAGAUGGAGAAGAAGAAAUUGUUUAUGCAGUUGACUUUAACCACAAGAGGGAGAUCCAUUUAAAUGGAUGUUCCCUGGAAAUGCUAAGCAGGCCCUCCUUACUUAUCACAGAUUCAUUUAAUGCUACAUAUGUGCAGCCUAGAAGAAAACAGAGAGAUGAGCAGCUUCUGACAAAUGUCCUGGAAACACUUCGAGGUGAUGGAAAUGUUUUAAUAGCAGUGGACACAGCAGGCAGAGUUUUGGAACUUGCUCAACUUCUGGAUCAGAUUUGGAGAACUAAAGAUGCAGGAUUGGGUGUUUACUCAUUGGCACUCCUGAAUAAUGUCAGUUAUAACGUGGUGGAGUUUUCUAAGUCCCAGGUAGAAUGGAUGAGUGAUAAAUUGAUGAGAUGUUUUGAAGACAAAAGAAAUAAUCCGUUUCAGUUUCGCCAUCUCUCUCUAUGUCAUGGUCUUUCUGACUUGGCUCGGGUACCUAGCCCUAAAGUUGUACUUGCCAGCCAACCUGACCUGGAAUGUGGAUUUUCAAGGGAUCUCUUCAUUCAAUGGUGUCAAGACCCUAAAAACUCAAUCAUCCUAACUUACAGAACUACUCCGGGCACUUUAGCACGUUUCCUAAUUGAUAAUCCUUCUGAAAAAAUUACAGAAAUAGAGCUGAGGAAACGUGUGAAGCUUGAAGGGAAAGAACUUGAGGAAUACUUGGAAAAAGAGAAACUAAAGAAAGAAGCUGCUAAAAAGCUUGAGCAGUCAAAAGAGGCAGAUAUAGAUUCCAGUGAUGAGAGUGACAUUGAGGAAGAUAUUGACCAGCCAUCAGCUCAUAAGACGAAGCAUGACUUGAUGAUGAAAGGUGAAGGCAGUCGUAAAGGAAGUUUUUUCAAACAGGCAAAAAAGUCUUAUCCUAUGUUUCCUGCCCCAGAAGAAAGAAUUAAAUGGGAUGAAUAUGGAGAGAUUAUCAAACCAGAGGAUUUCUUGGUGCCAGAGCUUCAAGCUACUGAAGAAGAAAAAAGCAAAUUAGAAUCUGGUUUGACAAAUGGAGAUGAACCCAUGGAUCAGGAUUUAUCUGAUGUUCCUACUAAAUGUAUUUCUACAACAGAGUCUAUUGAAAUAAAAGCCCGUGUUACCUACAUAGACUAUGAAGGACGCUCUGAUGGGGAUUCCAUUAAAAAAAUCAUAAAUCAGAUGAAGCCACGACAGUUGAUCAUCGUCCAUGGCCCACCAGAGGCCAGUCAAGAUCUGGCAGAGUGCUGCCGUGCCUUUGGUGGGAAAGAUAUUAAAGUGUACAUGCCAAAGCUACAUGAAACAGUUGAUGCCACUAGUGAAACUCACAUCUACCAGGUGAGAUUAAAAGACUCACUUGUCAGCUCUCUUCAGUUUUGUAAGGCAAAAGAUGCUGAAUUGGCUUGGAUAGAUGGUGUCUUAGAUAUGAGAGUUUCCAAAGUGGACACAGGGGUUAUUUUAGAAGAAGGAGAACUAAAGGAUGAUGGAGAAGACUCAGAAAUGCAAGUGGAUGCUCCCUCAGAUGCCAGCGUUAUAGCGCAACAAAAGGCCAUGAAAAGUCUGUUCGGAGAUGAUGAAAAAGAAACAGGUGAAGAAAGUGAGAUCAUUCCUACUUUGGAACCCUUGCCACCUCAUGAGGUUCCUGGACAUCAGUCAGUUUUUAUGAAUGAACCAAGACUGUCAGACUUCAAACAAGUUCUUUUACGGGAGGGAAUUCAAGCUGAAUUUGUAGGCGGUGUACUUGUUUGCAACAAUCAAGUAGCAGUCCGUAGAACGGAAACUGGACGCAUUGGAUUAGAAGGCUGCCUUUGUCAAGACUUUUAUAGGAUAAGAGACCUUUUAUAUGAACAAUAUGCCAUUGUGUAAAGGACAUGAUGUCAAGAAGUAUCUGCUUGACCUUUCUAAGGAAAAAGGAUUCUUAUCUUACUCUGAGCUUUUGAUGUUUUGUUUUGUAACAUACGAAAAGAAUCUGCCAGAAAAACUUACAUGUAUUAGAUUUUUAAAAAUGUAAAUAGAGAACAUUUUGCAAAUGCUCACAUGAGCAUUCUAUCUUUUGGCUUCCAAAGUGGUAGAGUUCUAACAGGUAUAGAGGCCCAAGAGUUGACGGUGAUUGGUUUUCUUUGCAUACUCCUUGUUCUGGAAGGGCUUUUUACUUGAAUAAAACAAUGCAACUUAGCAAACCAAUUCAUGGCCUUAGAGAAACAUUUUUGCAUGGGUUCUUACAAACUGUUAUAUUUUCUGGAAAGAUAAGUGAGAAUUAUUUAGAAAAGACAUGCUCCAAAAAAGAAAACUGUUAAAGCAAUUUUUUGAAGCUUAAUAUGUGUUAUGACUCCUUCCAAUUUGAGUAUGCAAUUGUUUUCACAGCCAGGAUAUCUGUUUUCCACUCGUAUUUCCCAGUGAUUCACUCGAGGGUAAGGUAGUACACAUUUCAUUUAGAAAUCAAUUUUUAUUUCUCCUAUGUCUUGUUUUAUCAAGAUUUUGUUGCAUUUUAAUUUAAAGUAUAACACCAUCAUUUCAAUAUACAUAAUUUAAAAGAACUCCUUGGUGCAGUAUCGUCUUAAGAGUUCUGCAUACAUUUUAGAAACAUCUUAACCAUCAGUUAGGUUCUGUAUUAAACUGUUUAGUGCUCUGUUUUUGUUUUUGUGGUAGAGCCUAGCUCUGUUGCGCAGGCUGUAGUGCAGUGGCACUAUCUCGGCUCACUGCAACCUUUGCCUCCUGGGUUCAAGCAGUUCUCCUGCCUCAGCCUCCUGAGUAGCUGGGAUUGCAGGAACCUGCCACCACGUCCAGGUAAUUUUUGUAUUUUUGGUAGAGAUGAGGUUUCACUGUCUUGGCCAGACUGGUCUUGAACUCCUGACCUUGUGAUCUCUCUGUCUCAGCCUCGCAGAGUGCUAGCUAGGAUUACAAGCAUAAGCCGCCGUGCCCGGCCAAGUGCUUUGUUAUUAAGAAAACAAAUGUUGAACCUCACACUUUUAUGAGGUGAUGGUAUAAUUUAAUUAAAAGGUGUAAAUGUUUUUGUCUCUUAGGCUUGCUCUCUCCUAAGGUCACCAAAGCAGUGGUUGGAUUUUAUAUACAUUGCUACUAAAAUAAUACUGAAGUUGGAAAAGGUUUUCCUUUUUGUGUUCAUGUCUUUCUUGUGAUUAACCACUCUGAUAUAGUAUAAACCACUGUGUUCAAGAGUAAAAACAAUAUAUGCAAUUUUCAUUGAAUUUAAGCAGUGAAAGCCAUGUUGCCCUAUUAUAAUCCACUGAUGCUUUUUUAGAAAGUAGCUUAAUCAUGGCAGACCUUGAUGUUUAUUUCUCAAAUGGUUAAGCCCUCCUCUUUACCCUUAGUUUUUUUUUUUGUUUUUUUUUUUGAGACAGAGUCACUCAGGCUGGAGUGUAGUGGUGAGAUUUUGGCUCACUGUAACCUCUGCCUCCAAGGUUCAAGUGAUUAUCCCACCUCAACCUCCCAACUAGCUGGGACUACAGGUGUGUACCACUACACCUGGCUAAUUUUUGUAUUUUUAGUAGAGACAGGGUUUCACCAUGUUGGCCAGGCUGUUCUCGAACUUCUGACCUCAAGCAAUCCACCCACCUAUGCCUUCCAAAGUGCUGGGAUUACAGGCAUGAGCCACAAUGCCUGGCCUACUCUUGGAUUUUUGGGAGACUCAAUCUUCUUAUUUAACUAUAUAUAGAACAAGCCAGUAAUAUCAGACUUGAAUUACAAUGUCAUUCUGUUUCAAAUGCUUCCAAAGCUUCUAUUAUAGAUUAUAGUGUGAAUGCAAAGUUUACAGACUUUUGAUAUGGAAAACCAGAUACACAAAACAAUGUUAUAAAAGGCAAAUAUAAAGAGUAUAUAUAUAUUUUUUAGUGCUUUGAAAAUAUUUCACUUAAAUUCUUAUUACUAUAUAGAUUAAGCCCUAUAGUGCUGUUUCUAUUCCAAGGGAAAGGAAAUCUGAAUUUGUUUUAUGGUUUAAAGUAUCUGGUUUACAUAUUAUAUUGUAAUACUGAUAUGGUUUGGUUGUGUUCCCACCAAAUUGAAUUGUGUUAAUAGUUUCCAUAAUCCCCACAUGUUGUGGGAGGGACCCAGUGGGCAGUAAUUUAAUCACGGUGGCGGUUACCGUCAUGCUGUUCUUGUGAUGGUGAGUCCUCAUGAGAUCUUAUGGUUUUACAAGGGUAUUUCCCCCCUUUGCUUGGCACUUCUUCCUGCUGCCAUUUGAAGAAGGACAUGCUUGCUUCCCAUUCCAUCAUGAUUGUAAGUUUCAUGAGGCCUCCCCAGCCCUGUGGAACUGUGAGUCAAUUAAACCUCUUUCCUUUAUAAAUUACCCACUCUUGGGCAGUUCUUUAUAGCAGCAUGAGAACAUACUUAUAUGAAUACCAAUAUUGAAAAAUUGUUUCUUGCCUUUUUUGUUGUCCUAGGAAGAAGAAUUAAAUUUUAAAGUACUACUUUAA